ACCUCACAUCUCAACCAGAUUGAAAACCCUGCCAAAAUCUGCACGAAUUACCACCCCACCUCGAACCGCCCUACAAUCAUGGCCGAUAAGUCCAAAAUAGUACUGUGGGUGUCUCCUAACCCCUUGAUUUAAUCCCUUCUGUACAUCCACUGAUUCGUGAGGAAAAAAGACCGGCCUUUGUCCCACUCAAAUCUGUUCAGGUCGACGCUUUGGUGGUUCUCAAGAUUUGCAAGCAUGCUUCCUCCGCACACCCUCAGGUUAUAACUGGCCAGCUUCUUGGUAUGGCCUCUCCUAUCAGUAGCUCAAGGCUAUUCAACUCUGACGGCAUUCUAGGAAUGGACGUGGAUGGCGAGCUGCAGGUUACAAAUUCAUUUCCAUUUCCCUCUACCGAUCCAUCGACCUCCUCCAAUGACCUUGAUAACAACUCGGCGUCCACCGCUGCUUCCGCUCCUCGAUCAAAGGCAAGUGCUUGGUAUCAGACGGAAAUGGUGAGAUGCCUGAGGGAAAUGAAUGUGGAUGCAAACUCAGUAGGAUGGUACCAGAGCGCUAAUCUGGGUAACUUUGUGAGUUCUAAAGCCCUACCACUUGCUGGUCAUUGAAACUUAUUGGGGGGAAUAGUUGAGCACGAAUUUCGUCGACAAUCAAUACUUCUAUCAAAACGCUCUUAACGAGAGAACUAUUGCUUUGGUUCAUGAUACAGCCCGGAGUGCCCAAGGGGCUCUGUCUCUGAGGGCCUUCCGGCUUGCACCGCAAUUUAUGGCUGCCCAAAAGGAAGGGAAAUUUACUAGUGAGAGGUAUCUCCUGAUAUUACUGCCAAACUAGAUUCGAAUUGCCUAACCUGGUGUAGUCUUGCCAAACAUAAUCUCACUUACAAGGAUAUUCUUAUUGAGCUGCCUGUUUCCAUCCGCAACUCCCACCUCCUCACUACUUUCCUUCACCAGCUCGAUACCCCGCCCACCCCCGAUCCACUUAAUCCUUUUUCCCAACCAAGCUCAACUCCUCUAUUUCCCAACUUUGACAGCCUGGAUCUCUCCAUCGACCCGUUCCUAGAAAAGAACUGUGACCUCCUUCUUGAUUCUAUCGAGACGCACUACACAGAACUCAAUAAUAGCCAAUACUACCAUCGACAGCUCGCCCGUGAGCAAACUAAGAUCGCAGCAUGGCUCACUAAACGAAAACAAGAGAAUGCGCUUCGCGCAGCGGCUAAGCAACCUCUACUCCCAGAGAACGAGUGGAACAGACUCUUCAAGCCACCCGUCGAGCCUAGCCGCCUCGAAACUCUUCUUAACUCCAGGCAGAUCGAGCAAUACGCUAAACAGGUGGAUGGGUUCACGGCAAGCGUCACGGCAAAGAUGUUCGCUGUGAAUGGGGGAUUGUCAAAGACACAGGAACAAUUGUAGUUGUAGACUUAGCACUAGCUCACUCUCUUUCCCUCCCUCUUUCAGCUUCUUCUCUUCUGGGUUAAUAUUUUGCCUCGUGGACCGUGGGGUGGAAAUGCAUAAUACAUUCUGUUCACUUUUUCCUCUCACCUUUAAUGGCUCAAGUUGCACUGGAGUGUUUGACUGGAGGUUUUCGGCGGCAUUACGAGGGUUGCCCGUGAGAUUCCUAUGGGUAAUCUUAUGUUGCGAUGGGGUGGCCGAGAUAUGGGGUAGAAAACGAAACGUUCGGAUUUACGAGUGAUAUUUGGUGCUUGUAGACGGGUGCUGGGAGGGUUGGCCCACCGGUAUCAU